UCACUCUUGAGGGCUAGUUCUUUUUGGAGGCGGAUAUCUGCUGAGACAAUAAGAAUUAUAAGAGCUCUGAGAGCUUAUUUUGAAAGAAUAAUGGAUGAACCAUCUCCAUUGGCCAAAACUCUGGAGCUGAACCAGCACUCCCGAUUUAUAAUUGGAUCUGUGUCUGAAGACAACUCAGAAGAUGAGAUCAGUAACCUGGUGAAACUGGACCUAGAAGAGAAGGAGGGCUCCCUGUCACCAGCCUCUGUCAGUUCAGAUACACUUUCUGAUUUGGGGAUCUCUGGCUUACAGGAUGGUUUGGCCUUUCACAUGAGAUCCAGCAUGUCUGGCUUACACCUAGUAAAACAAGGCCGAGACAGAAAGAAAAUAGACUCACAACGGGAUUUCACUGUGGCUUCUCCAGCAGAAUUUGUUACUCGUUUUGGGGGAAAUAAAGUGAUUGAGAAGGUUCUUAUCGCCAACAAUGGUAUUGCAGCAGUGAAAUGCAUGCGAUCUAUCCGUCGGUGGUCUUAUGAAAUGUUUCGAAAUGAACGUGCUAUCCGAUUUGUUGUCAUGGUUACACCUGAAGAUCUUAAAGCCAAUGCAGAGUACAUUAAGAUGGCAGACCACUAUGUUCCAGUGCCUGGAGGACCAAACAACAACAAUUAUGCAAAUGUGGAGUUAAUUCUUGAUAUUGCCAAAAGGAUACCUGUGCAAGCGGUGUGGGCUGGCUGGGGUCAUGCCUCUGAGAACCCGAAGCUCCCGGAGCUGCUCUUAAAAAAUGGCAUUGCUUUCAUGGGCCCUCCAAGCCAGGCCAUGUGGGCUUUGGGGGAUAAGAUUGCGUCUUCUAUUGUGGCUCAAACAGCGGGUAUCCCAACUCUUCCCUGGAGUGGCAGUGGUCUUCGAGUGGAUUGGCAAGAAAAUGAUUUUUCGAAACGCAUCUUAAAUGUUCCACAGGAUUUGUAUGAGAAAGGCUAUGUGAAGGAUGUGGAUGACGGACUGAAGCUUCAAACCACAGUUGGUGAGGGUGUGGUAUGGUGGGAUGAUUCUCAUCAGUUUGCCCAUAUACUUUGGGGGUCUUGGGAGGGGGUUCAAGCUGAAGUCCCUGGAUCACCUAUAUUUGUAAUGAGACUGGCAAAACAAUCUCGUCAUCUGGAGGUCCAGAUUCUGGCAGAUCAGUACGGCAAUGCUAUUUCUUUGUUUGGUCGUGACUGCUCUGUACAGCGCAGGCAUCAGAAGAUCAUUGAAGAAGCUCCUGCUGCUAUUGCUACACCAGCAGUAUUUGAACACAUGGAACAGUGUGCCGUGAAACUUGCCAAAAUGGUUGGUUAUGUGAGUGCUGGGACCGUGGAAUACUUGUACAGCCAGGAUGGAAGCUUCUACUUUUUGGAACUGAACCCUCGGCUACAGGUUGAACAUCCUUGUACAGAGAUGGUGGCUGAUGUCAAUCUUCCUGCAGCACAGCUCCAGAUUGCCAUGGGGAUCCCUCUAUUUAGGAUCAAGGAUAUUCGUAUGAUGUAUGGGGUAUCUCCUUGGGGUGAUGCUCCCAUUGAUUUUGAAAAUUCUGCUCAUGUUCCUUGCCCAAGGGGCCAUGUGAUUGCUGCUCGGAUCACCAGUGAAAACCCAGAUGAGGGGUUUAAGCCCAGCUCUGGAACAGUUCAGGAACUUAAUUUUCGUAGCAAUAAGAACGUUUGGGGUUAUUUCAGUGUUGCCGCUGCUGGGGGCCUUCAUGAAUUUGCUGAUUCUCAGUUUGGUCACUGCUUUUCCUGGGGAGAAAACAGAGAAGAAGCAAUUUCAAAUAUGGUGGUGGCACUGAAGGAGCUGUCUAUUCGGGGUGACUUUCGAACUACAGUGGAAUACCUCAUCAAACUGUUGGAGACAGAAAGCUUUCAGCUGAACAGAAUCGACACUGGCUGGCUAGACAGACUGAUCGCAGAGAAAGUGCAGGCAGAGCGUCCUGAUACCAUGUUGGGAGUUGUGUGUGGGGCUCUCCAUGUAGCAGAUGUGAGCCUGAGGAAUAGUAUCUCUAACUUCCUUCACUCCUUAGAGAGGGGUCAAGUCCUUCCUGCUCACACACUUCUGAACACAGUAGAUGUUGAACUUAUCUAUGAAGGAAUCAAAUAUGUACUUAAGGUGACUCGGCAGUCUCCCAACUCCUACGUGGUGAUAAUGAACGGCUCAUGUGUGGAAGUGGAUGUGCAUCGGCUGAGUGAUGGUGGGCUGCUCUUGUCCUAUGAUGGCAGCAGUUACACCACAUACAUGAAGGAGGAGGUGGACAGAUACCGAAUCACAAUUGGCAAUAAAACCUGUGUGUUUGAGAAGGAAAAUGACCCAUCUGUAAUGCGCUCACCAUCUGCUGGGAAGUUAAUCCAGUAUAUUGUGGAAGAUGGCGGCCAUGUGUUUGCUGGCCAGUGCUAUGCAGAGAUUGAGGUAAUGAAGAUGGUGAUGACUUUAACAGCUGUAGAAUCUGGCUGCAUCCAUUAUGUCAAGCGACCUGGAGCAGCACUUGACCCUGGCUGUGUGAUAGCCAAAAUGCAGCUGGACAAUCCUAGUAAAGUUCAACAGGCUGAGCUUCACACAGGCAGUCUACCACAGAUCCAGAGCACAGCUCUCAGAGGCGAGAAGCUCCAUCGAGUUUUCCACUAUGUCCUGGAUAACCUGGUCAAUGUGAUGAAUGGAUACUGCCUUCCAGACCCUUUCUUCAGCAGCAGGGUAAAAGACUGGGUAGAACGAUUGAUGAAGACUCUAAGAGACCCCUCCCUGCCUCUGCUAGAGCUGCAGGAUAUCAUGACCAGUGUCUCAGGCCGGAUCCCCCUCAAUGUGGAGAAGUCUAUUAAGAAGGAAAUGGCUCAGUAUGCUAGCAACAUCACAUCAGUCCUGUGUCAGUUCCCCAGCCAGCAGAUUGCCAACAUCCUGGAUAGUCAUGCAGCUACGCUGAACCGGAAAUCUGAGCGGGAAGUCUUCUUUAUGAACACCCAGAGCAUUGUCCAGCUGGUGCAGAGGUACCGAAGUGGCAUCCGUGGCCACAUGAAGGCUGUGGUGAUGGAUCUGCUCCGGCAGUACCUGCGAGUAGAGACACAGUUUCAGAAUGGCCACUACGACAAGUGUGUCUUCGCCCUUCGGGAAGAGAACAAAAGUGACAUGAACACCGUAUUGAACUACAUCUUCUCCCACGCUCAGGUCACCAAAAAGAAUCUCCUGGUGACAAUGCUUAUUGAUCAGUUGUGUGGCCGGGACCCUACACUUACUGAUGAGCUGCUAAAUAUCCUCACAGAGCUAACUCAGCUCAGCAAGACCACCAACGCCAAAGUGGCACUGCGGGCUCGUCAGGUUCUUAUUGCUUCGCAUUUGCCAUCAUAUGAGCUUCGCCAUAACCAAGUUGAGUCUAUCUUCCUAUCAGCCAUUGACAUGUAUGGACACCAGUUUUGCAUUGAGAACCUGCAGAAACUCAUCCUAUCAGAAACAUCUAUUUUCGAUGUCCUCCCAAACUUUUUUUACCACAGCAACCAGGUGGUAAGGAUGGCAGCUCUGGAGGUAUAUGUUCGAAGGGCUUAUAUCGCCUAUGAACUCAACAGUGUACAACACCGCCAGCUUAAGGACAACACCUGUGUAGUGGAAUUUCAGUUCAUGCUGCCCACAUCUCAUCCAAACAGAGGGAACAUCCCCACGCUAAACAGAAUGUCCUUUGCCUCCAACCUCAACCACUAUGGCAUGACUCACGUAGCUAGUGUCAGCGAUGUUCUGUUGGACAAUGCCUUCACACCACCUUGUCAGCGGAUGGGCGGAAUGGUCUCUUUCCGGACCUUUGAAGAUUUUGUCAGGAUCUUUGAUGAAAUAAUGGGCUGCUUCUGUGACUCCCCACCCCAAAGCCCCACAUUCCCAGAAUCUGGCCAUACUUCACUCUAUGAUGAAGACAAGGUCCCCAGGGAUGAACCAAUACAUAUUCUGAAUGUGGCUAUCAAGACUGAUGGCGAUAUUGAGGAUGACAGGCUUGCAGCUAUGUUCAGAGAGUUCACCCAGCAGAAUAAAGCUACUCUGGUUGAGCAUGGGAUCCGGCGACUUACAUUCCUAGUUGCACAAAAGGACUUCAGAAAACAAGUCAACUGUGAGGUGGAUCAGAGAUUUCAUAGAGAAUUCCCCAAAUUUUUCACAUUCCGAGCAAGGGAUAAGUUUGAGGAGGACCGCAUUUAUCGACACCUGGAGCCUGCUCUGGCUUUCCAGUUAGAGCUGAACCGCAUGAGAAAUUUUGACCUUACUGCCAUUCCUUGUGCUAAUCACAAGAUGCACCUGUACCUUGGGGCUGCUAAGGUGGAAGUAGGCACAGAAGUGACUGACUACAGGUUCUUUGUUCGUGCGAUCAUCAGGCACUCUGAUCUAGUCACGAAGGAAGCUUCUUUUGAAUAUCUACAAAAUGAAGGGGAGCGGCUGCUCCUGGAAGCCAUGGAUGAAUUGGAAGUUGCUUUUAAUAAUACAAAUGUCCGAACUGACUGCAACCACAUCUUCCUCAACUUUGUGCCCACAGUCAUCAUGGACCCAUCAAAGAUUGAAGAAUCUGUGCGGAGCAUGGUAAUGCGCUAUGGAAGUCGGCUAUGGAAAUUGCGGGUCCUCCAGGCAGAACUGAAAAUCAACAUUCGCCUGACAACAACUGGAAAAGCAAUUCCCAUCCGUCUCUUCCUGACAAACGAGUCUGGUUACUACUUGGACAUCAGCUUGUAUAAGGAAGUGACUGACUCCAGGACAGCACAGAUCAUGUUUCAGGCGUAUGGAGACAAGCAGGGACCACUGCAUGGAAUGUUAAUCAAUACUCCAUAUGUGACCAAAGACCUUCUUCAAUCAAAGAGGUUUCAGGCACAGUCCUUAGGAACAACAUAUAUAUAUGAUAUCCCAGAGAUGUUUCGGCAGUCGCUCAUCAAACUCUGGGAGUCCAUGUCCACUCAAGCAUUUCUUCCUUCACCUCCUUUGCCUUCCGACAUACUGACGUAUACUGAACUGGUGUUGGAUGAUCAAGGCCAGCUGGUCCAUAUGAACAGACUUCCAGGAGGAAAUGAGAUUGGAAUGGUAGCCUGGAAAAUGAGCCUUAAAAGCCCUGAAUAUCCAGAUGGCCGAGAUAUCAUUGUCAUCGGCAAUGACAUUACAUAUCGGAUUGGCUCCUUUGGGCCUCAGGAGGAUUUGCUGUUUCUCAGAGCUUCUGAACUUGCCAGAGCAGAAGGCAUCCCACGCAUCUAUGUGGCAGCCAACAGCGGAGCUAGAAUUGGGCUGGCAGAAGAAAUACGUCAUAUGUUCCAUGUGGCCUGGGUAGAUCCUGAAGAUCCCUAUAAGGGAUACAAGUAUUUAUAUCUGACACCCCAGGAUUAUAAAAGAGUCAGUGCUCUCAAUUCUGUCCACUGUGAACAUGUGGAGGAUGAAGGAGAAUCCAGGUACAAGAUAACAGACAUUAUCGGGAAAGAAGAAGGACUUGGAGCAGAGAACCUUCGGGGUUCUGGAAUGAUUGCUGGGGAAUCCUCAUUGGCUUAUGAUGAGAUCAUCACCAUCAGCCUGGUUACAUGCCGGGCCAUUGGUAUUGGGGCUUACGUUGUCCGGCUGGGACAAAGAACCAUCCAGGUUGAGAAUUCUCACUUAAUACUUACAGGAGCUGGUGCCCUCAACAAAGUCCUUGGUCGGGAAGUAUACACCUCCAACAAUCAGCUUGGGGGCAUCCAGAUCAUGCACAACAACGGGGUUACCCACUCCACUGUUUGUGAUGACUUUGAGGGAGUAUUCACAGUCUUACACUGGCUGUCAUACAUGCCCAAGAGCGUACACAGUUCAGUUCCUCUCCUGAAUUCUAAGGAUCCUAUAGAUAGAGUCAUCGAGUUUGUUCCCACAAAGGCUCCAUAUGAUCCUCGGUGGAUGCUGGCAGGCCGUCCUCACCCAACCCAGAAAGGCCAAUGGUUGAGUGGAUUUUUUGACUAUGGAUCUUUCUCAGAAAUCAUGCAGCCCUGGGCACAGACUGUGGUAGUUGGCAGAGCCAGGUUAGGGGGAAUACCCGUGGGAGUAGUUGCUGUAGAAACCCGAACUGUGGAACUCAGUAUCCCAGCUGACCCUGCGAACCUGGACUCUGAAGCCAAGAUAAUCCAGCAAGCCGGCCAGGUUUGGUUCCCAGACUCUGCAUUUAAGACCUAUCAAGCUAUCAAGGACUUUAAUCGUGAAGGGCUACCUCUAAUGGUCUUUGCCAACUGGAGAGGCUUCUCUGGUGGGAUGAAAGAUAUGUAUGACCAAGUGCUCAAGUUUGGCGCUUACAUUGUGGAUGGCUUGCGGGAAUGUUCCCAGCCUGUUAUGGUUUACAUUCCCCCCCAGGCUGAGCUUCGGGGUGGUUCUUGGGUUGUGAUUGACCCUACCAUCAACCCUCGGCACAUGGAGAUGUACGCUGACCGAGAAAGCAGGGGAUCCGUUCUGGAACCAGAAGGGACAGUAGAAAUCAAAUUCCGGAAAAAGGAUCUGGUGAAAACCAUGCGUCGGGUAGACCCAGUCUACAUCCGCUUGGCUGAGCGAUUGGGCACCCCAGAGCUAAGUCCCACUGAGCGGAAGGAGCUGGAGAGCAAGUUGAAGGAGCGAGAGGAGUUCCUAAUUCCCAUUUACCACCAGGUAGCUGUUCAGUUUGCUGACUUGCACGACACACCAGGCCGGAUGCAGGAGAAGGGUGUCAUUAACGAUAUCUUAGAUUGGAAAACAUCCCGCACCUUCUUCUACUGGCGGCUGAGGCGCCUCCUGCUGGAGGACCUGGUCAAGAAGAAAAUCCACAAUGCCAACCCUGAGCUGACCGACGGCCAGAUCCAGGCCAUGUUGAGACGCUGGUUUGUAGAAGUGGAAGGCACAGUGAAGGCUUACGUCUGGGACAAUAAUAAAGACCUGGUGGAGUGGCUGGAGAAGCAACUGACAGAGGAAGAUGGUGUCCGCUCCGUGAUAGAGGAGAACAUCAAAUACAUCAGCAGGGACUAUGUCCUCAAGCAGAUCCGCAGCUUGGUACAGGCCAAUCCAGAAGUUGCCAUGGAUUCCAUCGUCCAUAUGACCCAGCACAUCUCCCCCACUCAGCGAGCAGAAGUUGUAAGGAUCCUCUCCACUAUGGAUUCCCCUUCUACGUAGGAGGAGCUUCCCACCCAUCCCUGCCCUGUCUCCGGAGAAGAGAGCUAGGGCUGCCUCUCCCAUCUGAAACCAUUGUAAUGAGAAGGCACCGGAGGCCUGGGACUGGAGUCAGAGUGGCACUUGCUUCCCCUUGAGUGUUUCAGGCCCUGCAUGACAUCCUGGGCUGUAGGAUCACAAAGCCCAGGCACACAUACCCGAUUCAGUAUUUAUUAGCCCAGCUGUGAUGACAGUCCUCUUUCCACACACAGGACUGAGAAGGCAAUGAAAGGUACAUGCCUGUACCAUGAGGUCUUACUAGACUAAAGCAGGACUGCCCUCCUGUCCUGCCUGCCCCAGCAUAGGGUUGUGUGAACAGUGUCCAGGUGUCUGCAGCCCCUGCCCCAUGAGCCAUAGCCACAAGCAGCAGGGGAGGGCUGGGGCUGAGGAAAGAGGAGGCUCAAGCCCAUCGAUCACUAACCCACGUGCAGCCAAGCACGUACCAGGCAUUAGAGAAGAUCGGUCCCCAUCUAACCACAGCAAGAUAGCUAUGAGAAAUGUCAGAGCAGAAAAUCUGUCGCAGGUCCGUGAGAACACAGAGAUGAUGGCAACGCCAUUAUCUAACAGGCAGGCUCAAAACCAGACCAUGUCAUUGUUCCUGGUCACUCUCAACCACCUCAGUGGCUCUCAGUACUCCUGGGGAGAUGGUCAGCCUGCCACCACCUUUCUUAUCACUGUGUAGUCACACAGUGACUACCUAGGAGCUAAGGGCCUGUGUGUAAGGGCCCUAGCCUCUAUGGGUGGAUGGAGACAGACAGUGCAGGAGCCUGAGGUGGUGAGCUAAGAGGAGGAGGCUCUUUCUUUCCUCUUGGUGAUGGGGGGAGAGUAUUCAGGACAAGAGAAGUCUCUUCUGGGGACAGGUUAUCACUGUGUGGCCAUGCCUAUUCCUGGCAGAAGGUAUAGCAGGUCACCCACCUGAUGACACUUGUGCUUUCAGCACCAGAAACUGGCCUUCUUGAUGUAGGCAGCUUCCAGGGAACAAGAAUUCACCUGCCCUUAAGAUACCUUACAGUUCAGUCUCGGUGCUGGUGUUUCCAGACUUUCUGGGCCCUCCAUGGCCAGCAACAUGGCCUCCUCAGGGGUAGCCCGAAGAGUUUAACAACCCAUUUACCCAAGAAAGCAGCUUAUGGUUCAGCGCUGGUGUUCCCAAAACAAGAAUGGAGAUGAUCAGUGCUGCUGUGACAUCCAGUUUCUACUUUAUGACUUAAUACAACUGUUGCUGACGAUCAAGAAGGAAAAAGAUGCCUGCCACAGAAACCAUUCGAGUGAGUACUUCAGUCUGAGCCUUAACCUGGAUUCCAUGAAGAGAGCUGACCUCCCCUUCAGGAGCACCUCAUGCAGAUUUCCAGAGGACCUUCUCAAUGGUGCCACAUUGCAAGUGGGCAUCCCAGGACUAUAGGUGCAAGUUGCCCCAUCCCCACAGGCCCUGGUGGAAGGAACAGAAGGGCCAGGGCUGGAUCAGGUGGGGAAGCAUCCUCAGUCCAGAAGGAAGCUCCCUGGCCCCUGGCUCUCUGCUUCCCUGGUGGUAAGGAUGGGACUUGGCUCCAGCCUCUACAGCACAUCCAAUCCCAUACACCCCUAGCGGUCUGAAAGUUGCCUUCCUGGAGGCCUGUCCUGCUGUUUCUUCAGAGGUGAAGUGGGUUGUGCUUGUAUACUCCCUUUUCCCUGCUGCCCCAAUCCCAGGACUGGGGCUCCUCAUAUGGAGAAGUCAGAGCCACACACAGCACAUGAGCAAUCUGAUGGCCCCACAGCCCAUCACAGAGGCAAGGUUACAGAGGGAGGAGGAGGAGGAUGUAUUGACCCAGACUUGCUUGGACUGAAAUUGCCAUAUUAUCUGUCCACUUGUUCACAACGCAGCCUUCACUCGUGUCAGUGAGAAAUGGAUGGACACACACCAACGAGCAGGAGCCUCAGUCCAGUGCACUCUUCUCAUGUUUUGUUGAAAUAAACCUCCACAUUUGUAGAAGA